CACAAAGUAACUAUCCUUUAGAGAGGUCUAAGAGCACCCUUAGGACCUCCCAUACGAACUCCCAAAGCUUAGAGAAGAAGAGUGCUACACAAAAUCAAAGAGAGCAAGAAAAAGGUAUUAUCUGCAGAAUUCGUAACAGUGUGUAGGGUUGAUUGUUCACCUCAUAUCUAGAGUUUCACUUGUUCAAAUUAGGCAUGUGAGGUGUCUAAAGCAAGAUCUCAAGACGAGGAUUCUGGGAAGGUGUAUAUCGCAACAAACAGAGUUGUGUAAGUCAUCCAAAUCAUCGUAGACAAACGCAAACUCGCAGAAUGGUUUUUCUUCUCUAAAGUGAGUUUGAAUCCAGAACAUUUCUUUUCAUUAUCUAAAUCAUUGAACGAGCGUGGAGACUAUUAUACACUAUUGAAAGUGUAGAAUAUGUUCUUGACAAGAUUAAGUUAUGGCUUUAGAGGUUAGACACUAACCUAGAAUGAACCUUGAAAGGUUAGGAAGCGAACUCGCCGGAAAUCACCCUUUCUAGAGUGUUUUCAUCCCGUUGGUUAGGGGCCGAGCUAGCACCUUGAGGAGGCUGCUUAGAACCCAUUUUUAGGCGAGGAAUCGGUUCUCAACUUUCCUUGUCCGAAGCUUUGACCAUUGGAUUGCGAAAGGGAAGUCUAAAGCUCAUUGGAGGUGAGGAUCGACAUCUAGUUGCUUACAACUUUAGAUUAAGCAUGAGAUUACCUAAAUGUCUAAAUCAUGUUUUCAUGGAUUAUGAUGCUUAAAUAUGAUAUAAUUGGUAAGGAAUGAACUUGAUUAUGAAUUGAGACCAUAUUGACAAAUAUGGAGUUAAUUGAUCUAGGCACAAAAGGGUUUGAAACUCAAAGGAGUGAGUAUUUUUUAGACUCAGACUAUUCUGAGGAGUAAUAUCCGAAGGAGGGUAGGGAAUGGUGUGGAGGUAGAAGUGUGGGCGGACGCUUGGCUACCGGGUGAGGGAACAUGAAUGAUUUCGUUUCCUCGACCCUUGGGAAUUAAGGAUAUGAAUGUUGCACCCUCAGAGACAUCAAAUGUAAAUUCUGGAAUAUGAAUAAAAUUUUAUCUCUCUUUAACGAGACAGAUAGAAAUAAUAUUCUUAGCAUCCCUAUUAGUGCUCAAGACAGGAAAGGUUGUUUUUGGUGGAUUGGGGAAAAUAAUGGUGUCUUCUCGGUUAAGAGAUGUUACUGUGCAUUGAUAGGGGAGAUGCAGGUCGACGGGUGGGAUGGGUGGAAGCAGCUAUGGGAUUUAGAAGUCCCUCCAAAGUUUAAAUUCUUUGCAUGGCAAGUGUUAGAUGGAUCUCUUCCGACUGUUGACAACCUAAGAAAGAAAGGAGUGGAGAUUCAGAAUGGGUGCAAGUUGUGUGUUGAGGCAUCAGAGUCACUUGAUCACGCAAUGCGAUUGUGUCCCUGGUCCGUCAAGUGUGGCUGCAGGUAGGAACUCCAAUAGAAGAGGAUCGGCCGGUGGGGGAUUGGUUGAGAGGAAGAAUAUCAUCAUCGAGAAACCGGGUAGGGGCAUAUUUAUGUCCAUGCUAUGGAGUAUAUGGAAGAGAAGAAAUAAUGCGGUGUGGAAAGAUAAAAAACAGUAAGCAACAAGCGUGAUAAAUGGGGUAGCGAGCAUGAUUGCCUGCUGGAAGGAGGCGCAUAUCGCGGCCAUAGAGAAAAAAUGGAAGAAGUCUGGUAUGGGGUAUAUUAAGCUAAAUGUAGAUGGAGCUGUAAACGAGGUUGGGUGGCAUGACAUGAAAAUUGUGACUUUGUCAAGGCCCGGGGAUCGUCGUGCUCGGCAAACUGGUCGGCAACAGAGACGGAAGCAGCGGGGCUUAGAGAUGCGGUUUUUGGAGCGGUAGAGGAAGGCUGGAGCAAAGUGGAGAUUGAGACAGAUGCACUCACUGUUGUGCAGGGGAUAAAAAAGGGAGGCGGCUCUUCUUAUCUCCGUCUUUUCACUGAUGAUAUUAGGAAAGUGUUAGAAACAAAGAGUAAUAUUAUAAUCUCUUUUUGUAGACAGUCUGCGAAUCGUGUUGCUCAUGUUUUAGCUAAAGCACACGUUAUGGUCUCAGAUCAGAGGGUUACCUAUGAUUUUAUCCCUCGUUAUAUUGUAUGUCAGUUGGCGAACGAUUUGCUUGAUUAAUGGAUUUGUGGGUUUUGAUGAUAAAAAAACAUAAAAAUUUUAAGUCUAUUUGACAACUAAUAUAUUCAUCUCA